AUGUCCGUGAGUGGUGGAAUUCAUGUCCCAGUAAUGUUGAAUGAGGUUCUUGAUUAUCUCAAUUUAAAAAAGGAGGGAAUUUAUGUUGAUUGCACUUUUGGUAGAGGCGGUCAUUCGAGAGCCAUUCUAGAAAAAUUGGAAAAAGGUAAAUUAAUUGCUUUUGAAUGGGAUGAAAAAAGUAGUAAAUUGGCUCCAAAUGAUAAAUCUUUUCUUUCUCCACAAUUUCAUCUCGUUAAUGAUAAUUUUGCCAAUUUGGAAGAGCAUUUAAAAAAAAUGGGUAUUCACGAAGUAGAUGGAUUUUUGUUUGAUUUGGGACUUUCUUCGGACCAGUUAUCCGAGGAGGAGAGAGGAUUUAGUUAUCGUUUAAAUGCACCGCUUGAUAUGCGAAUAAGCGAAAAAAGUAAAUUAAAAGCGGAGGAUAUUAUUAAUAAUUACUCUUGUGAAAAAUUAGCCGACAUUUUUUAUCAUUAUGGUGAAGAAAGAAAAGCCCGA